AUGCUUCACAGACUAGAAGGUGUUCCGGAAUCAAGCUCUAUUCCGAAACAAGGGGGAGAAGGGAUGACAUCAAAGAAAGAAAACCCCAAAACUUCAGUCAAGUACACUGUUAAAAGCGAAACUGAUCUUAAAGGCAAAGAAAAGAUUUUCAGUGAAGAACCAAUUGUUGACAACAGUGAAGAUGAAAAGCCUGAUGAAAAUGAGCUGAAAAGGGGAAAGGACCGUGAAGCUCAGAUGGAUGAGCAUCAAAGAAUAAUCUGCGAGGCUGAAGCAAAAGAGAAAGUUGAACGUGAAGCUCAGGUCACAUUGGAAAGCCGAAAGCUUUUGUAA